AUUCAUGCUUAUAAACGUGUCGUACUUAGAGAGAUAGGCGCAACAUAUUUUAAUUUGCGUUGAAAAAUUAAUUUUUCAGUUUCACUUUAAAAAUAACAAUGCUGUCGCAGUUAGAAUUCAUAGCCGAACUGCCAACAGUAUUCAGCCUUUUGAAACACAAUUCAGAAGCCAUUGUUGAUGAUACUUCAAUCGAACGAUUACUCAAUUGGUUGGAAGAAAUAUGUAAAGAGAAAUCAAAGAGGCUUGUUGAUGUGAGUAUCCCGUUUUUAAAAGCAGAGGAAGUCUGGAAACAUCCAGUGGCGUUGUCGUUUGCUUUAAGGUAUGCUGGUUUUCUGGGGUGUACAAACGCUCUUCAUUUUGCAGAACUAUAUGAACUUAUUCAGCAGAUGUUAAAGAAACUCGUCCAACAUGACCUCUUCACUGAACCAACAGUGAAGUGUGCCUAUUAUAGCUGUCUCACUUCGUUAUAUAAGAGCGAGCAUUGUUGUGAUAAAAUGCAAGCCGACCUCCCAGUAUUGAUAAACACAUUCACCAAAUCGUAUUUGUAUGUGAAGAAGACAGCUGUGAAGUUUUUUGCAAACUAUCUCAAUGCAGUCGUGAACAAACAGCCGGCGUUGGAUGGCAUAAUUAAGAAAUUUAUGCUUUCUGAAGAUAUGCCUGUGCUGGGAUCCAUUCUUGACAGCGUCACUCUGUUGUGCGAAUUAUCCAUCAGCACAGGUUUGAUUGUUCUGAAAGAAAGCAAGUUGAUUAAGCAUAGCAUGAUACAAACUGAGGAGAAGAAAUCUACAGAACUGCUGAGUUCAUUGAUGGCAUUGUUUUCGGUGAUAACAAGUUCAGAAGUAGAAGUAGACUGGGACGAGCUAAUCCUUAUGACGCCUUCGGAAAAUGUACAUUCCUAUUUAUUGGAAUUUGUUGCGUUGGUAAAUAAAAAAAUGGUGUAUCACCUUCCUGAUUUAUGUGGCAGCCUGAUCCAGUCUAAUAGGAAAAGGUAUUUUCCACCAGACUGGAACUCUCUUCUGUUUGAUGUUAUAUUUAAAACGGUAAUCUAUGAGAAGAAGGUGCAAGAUUUAACCGCUGUGGAGGAGAGACUUCCGCUUCAACAAUGGAAGAAAUUACUGGUCUCCAUAAUCACAGUUAUGUGCAAAGUUUUAAAGAAGGUCAAACACGAUACCCACAGUGCAGCCCAUGUCGACAUGUGGACAAACUUCUGUUUGCGGCUAUUAACCGUCUCGUUGAGUUGCAAAGUUGACAUUUCAAUCGAUGAAUACUUCCUCUCUAUCAUCAACAAUAGAAAGAUAUCCCGACUUUGCUUUUGUUACUUGGACGCGUUGGAUUUAUCAGAUUUAAACAUCGAGAUGAAAAAAAAGCUUGUUUCUUGUCUUUGGACUUGCUUAUCCAGUCAGCUUGAUAACUCACAGAUGAUAUGUUCAACGUUAGAACUACUUUCAAAGUUUAUAUCAAACCACGUUGAAAACUUCACCACAGUGUUGGCACAUCAAUCUACACAUGCUGUUACAUGCAUGUUGAAUAUGAAACUUCUUGAUGUCAGUUGGGAAGUGAGGGAUUCUGUGAUUAGUGUGCUUCUUGAGAUUGUGCUCACUGCAAGGAAAGGUGCAAGCGAAUGUGUCACAUUUCUUGAGCAGGAUUCAUUUUGGUGUCAUGCGCUCGACUUAAUAGACGACGAUGAAAGUUACGUGAGGUCAAAAACUGUUAAAUUUCUCGGCGAAGUCUCGACGUAUGAUCCAGUGUGGAAGAUAUUCUGCACGAAACACACGUACAAUAGGGAGAAACUAUGGCGACGUUUGGAGUUGAUAUUUACCAGCGAAGCACGUCAAGACGACAUGUUUACACGUCGUAGUAUUCUCGACGUGUUAGUGACGUGGACAGAAUCGGGAAUGUGUACCCAAAUAUUCUUCAACAAUUCAACAACUGAAAGAAUGGACAUUGUAUACAGUCAGAACUUAAAUAUCAGAAAUUCUGUGUUGAAUAUUUUGCAGAACGGUAGUCACGAUUUUGACUGGGAAGUACGAAAGCUAACUCUUUCUGUUUGGACUAGUAUUGUCUCAAUGUCCUCGAACGAUGAAAAUGAAUGGAAGAUGUUUGUUGAGUUGACGGUAAAAGACGGGCACGCGAGACGUAUUUGUCUCGGUGUUUCAGACUGUGAAUACAAAGUUCGGUGUGCUGCACUUCAGUGUUUACAAAUCUUCAAGAACAAGUUGUGUACUAUGCAAAGCAUUAGUGGAAAUAGCACCAAUUUUCAUAUAUCCUGUUUAGAAGACUUUGACACUUUUAUAGCUUCGAAGAAAAGCUUUCGAUUAGAACAGUUUGAACAGAUUUUAAGUGUUGUUGAUUUUUCUAGUUUGGCAAGCAAACUAGAAGUGAUAGAUAUAUCGGUAAAAAGCGACCCUGUGUCGUUUUUACAUGACAUCAUUUCGUCGACAAAACAAAGUGAGGAGAAUUUGUUAGAUUGCUAUUAAAAGACGAAUUAAAAUGGAAAACAUUUCCUAGAAGAAAAAACUUGCGCCAAAUAAAUAGCA